UCAGGCAUCAGUCAGCAAUCGUUCGUUCGUUCGUUCGUUCCAAAGCCAAUACAAUACAACAUGCAGAAGGGAAGCAUUCUUAUGGUGGCCAUCGUUACCCUGGCCGCUCUUGCCGAGGCAGUGCCUCAGUAUUACCAGACCCUGCCGUACUAUCCACCUCCGCGCCCUCCACCAGUGCUCAUUCGUGCACGCCGUCAGGUUCUGGGCGGUUCAGUGGCCUCCAAUCCGGCUGGUGGCUCCGAUGCCCGUCUGGAUCUGACCAAAGGCAUUGGCAAUCCCGAACACAAUGUGGUGGGUCAGGUCUUUGCCGCCGGCAACACGAAAUCGGGUCCAGUCACCACAGGUGGAACUGUGGCCUACAACAACCAUGGACAUGGUGCCUCUUUGACCAAGAGCCACACCCCCGGCGUGAAGGACGUCUUCCAGCAGGAGGUGCAUGCCAAUCUGUUUAAUAACGGCGUACACAAUCUCGAUGCGAAGGCCUUCGCCUCGCAGAACAAGCUGGCCAAUGGCUUUGAAUUCCAGCGCAAUGGCGCCGCCCUGGAUUACUCGCACGUCAACGGUCAUGGCGCCAGCCUGACGCACAGCAAUUUCCCCGGCAUUGGUCGUCAGCUGGGCGCCGAGGCUCGUGCCAACCUUUGGUCCUCGGCCGAUCGUAACACACACUUGGAUCUGUCAGGAUCGGCCAACAAGUGGAUGAGCGGCCCAUUCGCCAAUCAGAGGACAGACUUUGGCGCUGGUCUGGGUCUGACACAUCACUUCCGUGGUUAGAGUCUGCCGCUGCCUUCUGCCUUCAACCAUUAUCCAAUUAUUUAUUUAAAAAUUAAAAAAUUAUUUUAAAAUAUUUGAAAUCCUCAAAGCGUAGAAAGGGAGGCUUAAUUGUUGCAGCCAGGACUAUUACAGUAUAUUAAGAGUACGGCAUAGUUCCCUCUGAGAAGCAACAGAGCUACGAUCAGGAUCAGGAUACACCCUCAUCUUACCGAUAGGACAUCUAUUUUUGCAUAUUAUUCGAGCUGCCUUUUCGAUUUGUUUUAUUAAGUAGUUAAUUGAAUAUUUUUGCUUAGUAUACCGCACGCGCGCAAACAAUUCGAUCCCAUACAA